AUGGUCCCUCGUACCGAGGUCAUCGCCAUGCGGUCGCGGCUCAACAAGAAGCUCAGUGAAUCCAACACGUACAACCGCUUUCUGCAGCGCGAGGUGCAAUACCGUGAGCAGGCCCUGAGCGACUCAAAAGCGCUCAUGAUCGCACUGGCGGCGGAAAUGCGGGAGCUGAGCGAGGUUGCGGAGGAGAUCGUGAAGACCGACGGCUUGCCAGUCACAAGGAAGAUCAAUGGUCGAUAUCUGCCGUCGCACCUCAGCAACAGAUUGGAAGAGCUCUAUUCGGACCUGAGGCAGCAGCUGGAGGGAAUAGAGAAGCUGCGCCUCCGCGAGGUGCCCUUGGUGUGGUUUGGCAUGGCGGAGGAUGUGAAGGUGAUGGGGUCGUUUGACGGCUGGACGUACGGCGAGCAGAUGUCUCCUGAGACCACUGGCACCAUGACCCGCUUCACCACCGUGCUCAAGCUGCGCCCUGGCAGAUACGAGAUCAAGUUCCUUGUCGACGGCGAGUGGAGAGUGGCAACAGAGUGGCCCACCGUCGGCCACGGCAUGCUUGAGAACAACAUUCUCACUGUCGAAUGA